GGCUGGGAUAUCCUACAUUCUACAUUACAAUUAGUUUGUAAAUUAAAUUUCAUCUGAGAAAAGGUUGUCCAGUGUGGAGUAUCAUGUCAGAUACGGAGACCAAACCUUCAAGUGAUGGAGGAGAGAAGAAGGAUGGGGAGUAUAUCAAACUGAAAGUAAUUGGCCAGGACAACAGUGAAAUUCACUUCAAAGUGAAAAUGACGACGCAUCUAAAGAAGCUGAAGGAAUCCUACAGUCAGAGACAGGGUGUCCCCAUGAAUUCUCUAAGGUUUCUGUUUGAAGGACAGAGAAUUGCAGACAACCAAACUCCCAAAGAGCUGGGAAUGGAAGAUGAGGACGUCAUUGAAGUGUACCAGGAACAGACUGGCGGCUGUUGGAACGACUAGACCUCUAUUUUUUUCUCUCUUAUUUUUAUUUUAAUUUUGUAUGUAUGAUUUUUUUUUUCCCUCUUCAGUUUCCUUUUGUGUUCCUAUCAGAAGGAAAUGGGAAAACCAUCUGGAUCAAAACGACACAACGCUCCACGACUGCCGCUGGGAGCGAGGGGGGG